AUGUUGGAGCAAGAGUCAAACUCUACCAUCAGCAAGACAACUCGGCUGCCGCGUAAGCGUUUCUAUCGAGCACGGGCACACAGCAAUCCAUUAAGUGACUCCCACUUCCCAGUUCCUAUCUCCCCUAAUCAGGUUGACUAUCCUCUUCAUUACCCUCAACUCUUCCCAUCAUCUGAUCAAGUUGAUGGUUCCAAAAAGAUCCAGUUUGCAGACAUAGGUUGCGGUUUUGGAGGACUUCUAAUCAGUCUUUCAACUCUCUUCCCUGAAACCCUGAUGAUUGGAAUGGAACUCAGGGACAAGGUGACGGAGUAUGUCAAGGAACGUAUAUUAGCUUUGAGGAUCGCUAUUCCUGGUCAAUACCAGAAUGUUUCAGUAGUUCGGACUAACUCCAUGAAAUAUAUUCCGAAUUACUUUGAAAAGGGACAACUUUCAAAGAUGUUUUUCCUGUUCCCUGAUCCUCACUUUAAAGAGAAAAACCACCGACGUCGGGUGAUCAGCCCACAUUUGCUAGAUGAGUAUGCUUAUGCUCUUGGGGUUGGUGGAAUUAUAUACACAAUCACAGAUGUGGAAGAACUUGGAGAGUGGAUGAAGUCUUGUUUGGAUGGGCACCCUAUGUUUGAAGCUCUCACACACGAAGAACUUGAAGCUGAUCCGGUCGUAAAGCUCUUGAGCUCUGCAACUGAGGAAGGACAAAAGGUAGCGCGGAAUGGGGGGCAAACUUUUCAAGCAGUUUACAGACGCAUUGCAAGGUGUCUUUGA